CAUCAUCAGCAUCACCAAGAUCAUAAACUGGUCACGCAACAAAACCAACAAGCACACCAGCCCUUCCCAAUCUGGAGAACGAUGAUUUCCAAUACUCCCACCCCCAUCCUCCUCCUCCUCUUCUUCCUAAGCCUCCUUGUCCUCUCAGCAACCGCCCUCCCCAGUCCAGGUGGCUACGGUGGCCCAACUUAUACCUGGACCAACCCCCCUCCGGCUGAUGGCUCCAAACAGGGAAACAACAACGGAAACCAAAUCACUGGCUUCUCCUUUGCCAAAUGGGUCGAUGAUGUCCAGCAAGGCAAAGGCAUGACGCCUGAACAAGCGCUGGCUUCUUACAAAGCUAGUGAACACGCCAAACGCGAAGCCCGCAGACUGGCGGUGGCUGGAAACGACAACAACAACAACGACGACGACGACGACGAUGAACUUCCACCUUGGUAUUUCACCUAUGGCCCCGGCGGCGGCGGCGGUGGCGGCGGUGGGAAUAACAACACCACCACCACCACCACCGUUGUAGGAAAAAGAGCCUCGGAACCAACCGGACCAACCUGCUACUGGCACAAGAACGAGCGACCCAAAGUCGAGGAUGCAUUUUUCGUCGUCACCAUGAUGGCGCACCGUCCGGAACUGAUUAGUAUUCACAAGGAUGAGGGGAGGGAUGUCGCGCGACCGAUCAAUACUGCGAGUAUUAAUGUUAGGAGUGUCACUGGACUUCGAUAUGCAGUUUUGGGAACGGAUAUUGCGCGGGCGGGAGGGUUGAUUAUGGAUUAUUGCACGUGGAAAGGCAGAAGUGGUGGAGGAGAGUACGCAUGGGGAAAUGGCUACCUUUAUGUUACUAUUGAGCAUACGGGGAGGGGGGAGAAGACGAUGCAAGAGAACUUGAUGGAUAAGAGGGAAAAGUUGAUUGGGCCGAGGAAAGCGGAGGAGGAAGAUGAGGUGAAGCCCAAGUGGCAGAUGGUUGUCAGGGAGAGAAAGUAGAGUGAAAAAAACACAAACGAGCAAGACUGUGUACGGUAUGAACAGGGAAGGAUGUUGUUGGUAAAGGUAACGGAUGGGAG